AUGGUGGGUCUGAAGCCCCCUGAGGUUCCCCCGACGGCCACCAUGAAGUUUGUCAGUGCGGGGAUGGCCGGCUGCAUCGCUGACCUGUUCACCUUCCCUCUGGACACGGCCAAAGUGCGGCUGCAGAUACAAGGUGAGGUGAAGAUCCCCAAGACCACCAACUCUGGGGAGUACCGGGGUGUUUUGGGGACACUGAGCACCGUGGUGAGGAUGGAGGGAGCCUGCAGCCUCUACAGCGGGCUGGUGGCUGGGCUGCAGCGCCAGAUGGGCUUCAGCUCCAUCAGCAUCGGGCUGUAUGAUUCUGUGAAGGAGUUCUACACCCCUAAGAGUGCUGAGCACACAAGCCUGGCUGCACGACUCCUGGCUGGCUGCACCACGGGGGCUGUGGCCGUGGCCUGUGCCCAGCCCACCGACGUAGUCAAGGUCCGGUUCCAGGCCAGCAGGGCACUGUCGGGCGGUGCCCGCUGCUACAGCGGCACCGUGUAUGCCUCUCGCACCAUCGCCAGGGAGGAGGGCAUCCGCGGGCUCUGGAGAGGGAUGCUGCCCAACAUCGCCCGCAAUGUCAUCAUCAACUGCGGGGAGCUCGUCACCUACGACCUCCUCAAGGAAGCGCUGCUGCGGGCACAGCUCAUGACAGACAACCUCCCGUGCCACUUCGUGGCUGCCUUUGGCGCCGGUUUCUGUGCCACAGUGGUGGCAUCGCCAGUGGAUGUGGUCAAGACACGCUACAUGAACGCCAGCCCCGGGCAGUACCGCAAUGUCCUGAGCUGCCUGCUGGCCCUGCUCGUGCAGGAUGGCCCUGCUGGCCUCUACAAGGGGUGA